AUGAAGCAGGCGGCGGAGCACGCCAAGGCCGAGUACUUCAACUCAAAACCAAGCGCUUCGGCACGCCGAGAGGAUGCCAAGCCAAGCGCUUAUCCUGCGAAGCCGCCAUCCUACGAUAGGACCGACUCAUAUUCGGCGGACCAUAAGCGGAAAGACAACCGUGACGAUCGGAGAGAUCAGCCAAAGAAAGGGAAAGGUCGGUAUGGUCGCAACGACAACCGAGGACCCCUGCCCAACCGUGACCACGGCAACGAGGUCUUCACCCUGUUGAAUACCACGUAUGAAACCGUUCUGAUGAACGAACAGGAGGCCAUACCGAAGCCGAAUCUGAUCCGAGAGGGGAAACUGGACCAGUAUAUCGCCCGGAAGCCAUCGGCGCCGGCGCCGAACCCUCCUCGGCAGAUAAACAUGAUUAGCACUAUCAGCGGGGGACCUACCGUUGCGGGGACGAGCCACCGUUCGAUGAAACAGUAUGUGCGUACCGCGCAGUUUCCUCAGGUGCUCGGAAUAGAGGUGAAUCGGUUCCAGGAAGCACCAAAAGUUCAUUGGGAGCCGAUCACAUUUUGCCAAGAGGAAGAAGAGGGAAUCCUCUAUCCCCACGCCGACCCAAUGAUCAUCCGAGCUGAAAUUGCCGAUUACGAUGUAGGGCGAGUGCUGAUCGAUACCGGGAGCUCCGUAAGCGUAAUCUUUGCUGAAGCUUUCAGAGAGAUGGGAAUCAAUGACAACCAAGUCGACCGGCAAUUGACACCUCUGCUAAGCUUCUCUGGAGACUUGGUGCAACCAAUCGGUAGUGUCAGACUGCCAAUUACAUUUGGCACGGCACCAAAAAAAGCAACAACGUACGAUCAGUUCCUCAUCGUCGACUGCCCGACGGCAUACAACGUUAUCGUUGGCCGAACGGCACUGACGAGGAUCAAGGCGCAUCUUUCGCCCCACAUGCUGUUGAUGAAGUUCCCUACCCCGAACGGCACGGGGGCAAUUCGGGGAAAUCAAUUCAGCGCCCGGACUUGCUACGCUACGGCGCUCAAGGCAACCUCUUUCAUACUCCCCAACGAGACCAUGACGGUGCAGGGUUCACCGAACGGUACUGGACCGGUUGACGACCCUAGAGAUGAAUCUCCCACCCCUCACACACAACCUGCCGAAGAAUUGGAAACCAUAACCUUGAGCGAUGAAUAG